UGCAUUUGGCUGGGACCACGUUACUCAGGGCCUGGUGGAUCUUGGCUUCAGCCUAAUGGAAUCAUACGAACCAAAAAAGCCCUUUGGAGGAAAAGCUGCUGAUACCACUUAUGGCCUUUCAAAAAUGCCAGCCCAACAGGCGUGCAGACUGGGAGCGAGUAUCCUGCUAGAAACGUUUAAGGUUCAUGAGCCCAUCAGAAGCGACAUUCUUGAGCAGGUCCUGAACAGAGUCCUCACAAAAGCAGCGUCUCCUGUCAGCCACUUCAUAGAUUUGCUGUCCAGUAUUGUUGUGUCUGCUCCUCUUGUGCUUCAGACUUCGUCCUCCAAAGUCACAGAGACCUUUGACAAUUUGUCCUUUCUGCCCAUUGACACAGUGCAGGGGCUCCUCCGAGCAGUACAGCCUCUGCUCAAAGUCAGCAUGUCAGUGAGGGACUCCCUAAUACUUGUGCUCCAAAAAGCCAUCUUUUCCAGGCAACUUGAUGCUCGUAAGGCUGCAGUUGCUGGCUUUUUGCUUCUGUUAAGAAAUUUCAAGGUUCUGGGCAGUUUAUCCUCUUCCCAGUGCAGCCAGGCCAUCGGUGCCACUCAGGUCCAGGCAGAUGUUCAUGCCUGCUAUAAUUCUGCAGCUAAUGAGGCCUUCUGCCUUGAAAUCCUGGGCAGUCUGAGGCGAUGUUUGAGCCAGCAAGCUGAUGUUCGACUCAUGUUAUACGAGGGGUUUUAUGAUGUCCUUCGCAGGAACUCCCAGCUGGCCAGCUCCAUAAUGGAAAUGCUCUUGUCCCAGAUAAAGCAAUAUUACUUGCCCCAGCCAGACCUCCUGCCUCCACUGAAACUUGAGGGAUGUAUUAUGGCGCACGGAGAUCAAAUCUUUCUGCAAGAACCACUGGCCCACCUGCUUUGCUGCAUCCAGCACUGUCUUGCCUGGUAUAAGAGCGCUGUGCGUCUGUGCCAAGGAGCUGAAGAUGACGAGGAGGAGGAGGAUGUGGGUUUUGAGCAAAACUUUGAAGAAAUGCUAGAAUCUGUCACACGACGAAUGAUCAAGAGCGAGUUGGAAGACUUUGAACUGGAUAAGUCGGCAGACUUUUCUCUGUCUUCUGGUGUUGGUAUAAAGAAUAACAUCUAUGCCCUUCAGGUGAUGGGAAUUUGUGAGGUCCUGAUUGAGUACAAUUUCAACACAGGGAAUUUCAGUAAAAACAAGUUUGAGGAUGUCCUAGGCCUGUUCACAUGUUACAACAAACUCUCUGAAAUCCUGAAGGAGAAAGCUGGAAAGAACAAAUCUCCCUUGGGCAACAAAACUGCAAGGAGCUUCCUGUCCAUGGGUUUUGUAUCUACUCUGCUCACAGCUCUGUUCAGGGACAAUGCCCAAAGCCAUGAGGAGAGCCUGGCAGUUCUGCGCUCCAGCAUGGAGUUCCUGCGCUAUGCUGUCAGCGUAGCUCUGCAGAAGGUACAGCAGCUGGAGGAGUCGGGACAAACUGAUGGACCAGAUGGACAAAAUCCUGAGAAGAUGUUUCAGAACCUCUGCAAAAUCACAGAGGUUCUGCUCUGGAGGUACACUUCAAUUCCCACUGUUGUUGAAGAGUCAGGAAAGAAGAAGGGCAAAAGCAUUUCACUUCUGUGCUUGGAAGGUUUGCUGCGGAUCUUCAACACAGUGCAGCAGCGGUAUGCUGCCAGGAUCCCACAGUUUCUACAAGCCCUGGAUAUUACUGAUGGUGACGCAGAAGAAACGGAUAUUAAUGUCACGGAGAAAGCUGCCUUCCAGAUCCGACAGUUUCAGAGGUCCUUGGUGAACCAGUUCAGCAGUGCUGAAGAUGACUUCAAUUCCAGGGAAACACAGUUACUCAUCACAGUUCUUUCCACUUUGUCCAAACUCCUGGAUCCAGCCUCUCAGCAGUUCCUUCAGUUCCUGACCUGGACGGUCAAAGUUUGCAAAGAAAAUGCUCUUGAGGAUAUCUCUUGCUGCAAGGGUUUGCUGUCUCUGCUCUUCAGCCUCCAUGCUCUGUACAAGAGUCCUGUCAGUCUGCUGCGUGAACUCGCCCAAGACAUCCACGCUUGCUUGGGAGACAUAGACCAGGACAUAGAAGUGGAGAGUCGGUUGCAUUUUGCCAUAGUGAAUGCCAAGACCGCAGCCCCUACUGUCUGUCUGCUGAUUCUGGGUCAGGCAGAUAAGGUCCUUGAAGAGGUGGAUUGGCUUAUCAAGAAACUCGCCAGUCUGGGAUCAGACACAUCAGAAAACUCUUCUCAGGCAUCAAACCAAACCCAGGCUCUGGAGAAAGGUGUAAUUCUGCAGCUGGGAACUCUGCUGACAGUUUAUCAUGAGCUGGUACAGACAGCACUCCCUGCGGGUAGCUGUGUGGACACACUGCUGAGAAGCCUCAGCAAGACCUACGCAAUUCUCACCUACCUCAUCAAACAUUAUAUCCAAGCUUGCCGCAGCACCUCGAAUACGAUUCCAGGAAGGCUGGAAAAGCUGGUGAAGCUCUCAGGUUCCCAUCUGACGCCACAGUGUUACUCAUUCAUUACUUAUGUACAGAACAUUCACAGUGACAGCUUAAGCUUUGCCGAAGAGAAGAAAAAGAAGAAGAAAGAGGAUGAAGUUGCUGCAGUCUCCACGGUCAUGGCUAAGGUGCUUCGGGAGACCAAGCCAAUCCCAAAUCUUAUUUUUGCGGUAGAGCAAUAUGAGAAGUUUCUUAUCCAUCUCUCCAAGAAAUCAAAGGUGAACUUGAUGCAAUAUAUGAAACUAAGCACCUCCCGGGACUUCCGCAUCAACGCGUCCAUGCUAGACAGUGCCUUGCAGGAGCAUAAUGCAGAGGACGCUGAAAAUGAGCCAGACAAUGACCAGAGCAGUGCCGUAGAGCAGACAGACGAGUCCCAGGAACCCAAAAAGAAGAGACGGCGAAAAAAAUGA